AUGAAGCCGGUUGUCAUUCUCAGCGCUCUUUUUGCCGCGGCACUUGCUGCUCCCAGCCCCGACGCCGUGGCACGCUCCCUUGCUCGGCGCAAGGCAGCGAGGGCCCGGCGGGCCCAGCACAGCACCCCUCGCAUUCUCGCCGCCGCUGCCUCGGACAAGUACACCAAGAACUGGGCCGGCGCUGUUCUCACCGGGGAGAGCGUCACGGCGGCGUCUGGCAGCUUCCCCGUCCUCAAGGCGGCCGUGCCCACCAAGAAGGAGGCCGGCGAGAAGGAGUACACAGCCUCGGCGUGGGUGGGCCUCGACGGCUACAACUGCAACGGGCUCUGGCAAGCUGGUGUCGACUCCAUUGUCGAGUCGUCGGGCGAGGCCUCGUUCUAUGCGUGGUACGAGUGGUAUCCCGCCGACACGCAGGUUGUCGACCUGGGAGAAAUUGCUGCUGGCGAUGUCAUCAACGUCGAGCUCACGGCAGCCAGCACCACCGAGGCGUCUGUGGUUCUGGAGAACAAGACAAAUGGCAAGAAGUUCACCAAGACCGUCACCUCGUCCGAUGCGCUCUGCGGCACCGCUGCCGAGUGGAUUCUCGAGGACGUGACGUUCCAGGACUCCAACACCGGCCUGGCCAACUUCGGGUCCGUCACCUUCUCCGACAUCAAAGCGACGGUGGGCGGAGCGAGCACAUCGUCCAUCAGCGAUGCUGUCAUCAUGGACAUCCGGGACACCGGCAACAACAUCCUCACGUCCUCCAAGGUCUCUGGAUCCACCGUGGUUGUGACUUACGACUAA